AUGGCAAUCGACCAGGAGCGGCUUAGCAAGGCGGCUGUGGGAUCACAACCAACUUCCUCAAUUUACCACUUAUUUUACAAGCUUACAUUGUUUAGGGCAGAGAUAAAUACUAUUGAUUCUCCAAGAAGGAAGACUAAGAUGACUAUGAUGUCAGCCAUACUUAAGCCGAAGCAUCAGGGUGUAGCGUCGGCAGUUUUUACCUCAAUAGACUGCGAGCAAAACCGGACUAACUCGUGCGGUAUCGUUGGAGACGUUGCAUGUCGAACAUUGAGCGUUUUGAAGCAAGUGAUGUUGUUAGCGCCCGCAUAG